AUGCCGGUUCGAACUUUCAAGAAGCUGGUGAUUGCUGUCGCCGGGACCUUUCCGAAUUUAAAACAAGCUGACUUGAAGUCGCUUAUUGAGAAGAAUGGAGCGACUUUCAGCACCUCGGUCACGGAUGAUUGUACCCAUCUAGUGACCACUGAGAAAGAUGUGGAGAAGCAGACCACCAAAUACAAACAAGCUUCCCAAGUCGCCAAUUGUCAUAUUGUCGCACUUUCGUGGCUUCUUGAAUCAGCCGAGGCUAAGAAACCGUUGCCGGAGUCGAAGUAUUCCUUCAGCCAGGCCGAUCAGGCGUCCCAGGCAGAUGAGGACACACAGAAGAAGACUACAGACAGCAGCGCAUCUCUUCCUGCAGAAAACAAGCGUACUACCAGGAAGCGAGGCGCGGAUGCAGCUUCUGCUCAAAAUGAUGCCGACAACACCACAAACGACAGCCAGAAGAAUGGUGCAAACGGCAAAGCUAAAUCUUCCGAGGAUAAGAAGCCAGCAAGCAAGAAACGAGGUGCCGAUGAAGAUCUUGAUCAAAAAACUUCAAACAAAAAGACAAAGGACAUCCAGAAGACAUCCACAAAGGCGCUUAAUAUUCCAAUUGACGAGGGCUUCGAGGCACUGGGUAAACUCAAGGACCCCAAGGUCUACAUUGACAGUGCAGGCCUCAUCUGGGAUGCCACCCUGAGCCAGACUGUGGCAGCCAACAAUGCCAACAAGUUCUAUCGCGUCCAGUUGUUGGUCGGUGCAAAUUCAAAGUACUAUACCUGGACGCGCUGGGGUCGAGUCGGAGAGCAUGGGCAGUCGGCUUGUCUUGGGGACGGCAGUUUGGAAGAUGCAACGAAGCAGUAUGAGAAGAAGUUCAAAGACAAGUCAGGCCUGAAAUGGGAGAAUCGGCUCGAUACCCCUAAGUACGGAAAGUACACGUUCCUUGAGCGCGACUAUGAAGAGGACGACGAAGAGGAAGAGGCUGUGAAAACGGGGAAAGCCAUCAAAGAAGAGGAAGAUGAGCCUGCCGCCCAGAGCGUCUUAUCCACAGGGCUUCAAAACCUCAUGGCCUUCAUCUUCAACCAACAAAAUGUUCUCGACACAUUGGCAGCAAUGUCCUAUGACGCCAACAAGCUGCCACUCGGAAAGCUCGGGGACAGGACUUUGAAAAGUGGAUUUUUGGUUCUGAAACAGAUAUCCGAGCUGAUGAUUACUCCAACUGAGGCACAAAAGAAAUACGGCGAACCAUAUCAUAAUGCCAUAGAGACAUUGAGCAACAGAUAUUUCACCUUGAUUCCUCACGUCUUUGGCCGCAGUCGGCCCCCGACCUUAAGCACAAAUGCACAGAUCAAGAAGGAAAUCGAGUUGCUAGAGGCACUGACAGACAUGGAUGUUGCGAAUGAAAUCAUGGUAUCAUCUAAGUCUAAGCAAGACGAUGACAUCCACCCUCUGGAUCGCCAGUACGAGAGUCUGGGCAUGAAGGAGAUGACCGAACUGGACCCCAAAUCAACCGAGUUCAAAGAACUCGAACACUACCUCCAGAACUCGCGUGGCAAGACACACAACAUGAACUACAAGGUGGUGAACAUCUUCCGCAUCGAGCGCCAAGGCGAAAAUGACCGUUUCAACUCAUCCCCCUACGCCAACAUCCCAAACAGCGACCGCCGCCUUCUCUGGCACGGAUCUCGCAGUACAAACUUCGGUGGUAUCCUCAGCCAGGGUCUCCGCAUUGCACCGCCCGAAGCACCGGUCAAUGGCUACAUGUUUGGCAAGGGAGUGUAUCUCGCAGAUAUGUCGAGCAAAUCCGCAAACUACUGUUGUCCCUACAACAGCCGUGGAAUGGGAUUACUCCUUCUCUGUGAUGCUGAACUCGGAGCGCCCAUGCUGGAGCUUGACCGCAGCAGCUAUACUGCUGGCGAAGAAGCGCGCAAUGCUGGCAAGAUUGCGACACUCGGCAGGGGCAAAAACAUCCCUGGUGGAUGGAGGGAUGCUGGGUGUUUGAGCCCGGCUCUGGAGGGUGUGAAAAUGCCUGAUGUUUCUAUUGGCAACAACGACCAAGAUACAACACAGUUUGGUCUGCACUACAAUGAGUACAUUGUGUAUGAUGUUGCGCAGAUCCGGCAGCGUUAUUUGUUCCAGGUCAAGAUGAACUGA